AUGACCGAGAGUGCUGUUGCCAUGUCAAUCCAGCACGACGCAGGCUUCUGCUCUGAUACCCUUACAGUGUUUAUCAAGGAAUACGCGCCUGCUGGCUACAAGCGCUACGUUCAUCCCGCCGCCUCGGGCAUGGCUGACCUGGUGACCGCCACUGAGGACCUGGACGUUUCGGACGACUGGAACGACCGCUAUGACAACUACACCGCCCGCAAUAUCAGAGGUGGUUACGCUCCUUACUCACGUGGCGACUUUAAGAUCGAGGCUGGCAUUGGUGUUCGCACCACCAUCAUGCUGCGCAACAUCCCCAAUCGUGUCAAUUUCGAGGACCUCAAGCUCUUCCAGGAUGCCACUUCGGAGGGCCACUACGAUUUCCCGUACCUCCGUAUCGACUUUUCUAACAAGUUGAAUGUUGGCUACGCCUUUAUCAACUUCAUCCGUCCCGAGUUCAUCAUCAACCUCGUACGUCAGAGGCCCACUACGACUUCUUCUUCGACUUUUCUAACAACCUCAACGUCGAGUUUGAACUUCAACCUCAAGGUCUUUGUAUCUAUCAAACCCAUCCUUGCGUCUUCGACACAAUACCUCUUUCUGGAGAAAUCGCGCUCGCCCCUCUGCGCCGCAGCAGAGGCUUCUACGGCCGUGGCUCUCAUUACCGCGAGAGGCCUGCUGCUCUGCUGCGGCGAGGAAGAUUUGUCGAAGCUGCCCGCGUCUUCGCUUGGGCGGAUGACCAAGACCGAUUCCACCGUCUCCGUCUCUGUACUCAAGGAGACCAUCAGAAGCGGCCUCGAUGCCAAGAUUGAGGUGUUUGUCAAGGAACGCAUUGAGAAGGCUGUCGAUGAGACUCUUACCAAGGCCGUACUUCAUGCCGAGCUUGAGAUGAAAGGCUCGAGCACCAGAGCUGCCGUCGUCAAGGACCUCGAGAACCACAUGCCGCUUCGCUCCCGCCAGUCCGAGGACUUUGGCAACCUUCUCGAGUCCGCCGCCAUCGAUGCCGGAGAGGACGAUCUCGGCGCCGAGGUUGAAGCAGAGGGCAAUAGCGGAUACCAUACAAAAGAUGAUCUCGUGGAAGACCUUGCUGAUGCUGGCAGUCCUUUCACCAGCAUUCUAGUCUUCGCCCACAUCCUGGACGAUAAGGUCGGCGAGCUCGUUAAGCAAAUCGUCAAGACUCUCGAGGCCGAGCUUCCUGCUGAAGCUGAUAUCCACGAGAUCGAAGAAGACAUCGUCAAGAUGGCUGACAAGAUGGAGGACAUCAAGGAGGAAGGUUAG